GAAGUACAGUUAAUUUUUAUUCACACAGAGAGAGAGAGAGAGGAAAAAAAAAAAAAAAAAACAAAAAAAAAAAAAUAAAACAGCUGUUGUUGAAAAAGAAAACAUCAAAAAUGCCAGCCCCAAAGAGAGGACCAGCUCCUCAUGAUUCUCAGCCCAAGAUGAGGAAGUUGGAUGAGGAUGGGGAGGCUCUGCCAUCCAAAACUGCACCAGCUGCCAAUAAUAGGUCCCUUAAAACAGGAAAUACGCGAGAAAAUACAGCAGCCCCGCGGACUAAGAAAAAGUUGUCUGCCUCGGUGGAAGGGGGAAAUAAACCAGCCAAGUCAUCCAAACAGAGUUCUCCUCCAAAGGAUUCCAGCAAAACCAUUUCUGACCCACCUGUCAACAAAGCCAAGCUCCUGAAAGCCACAAGUGCCUCCUGCGGAGAAGCUCCCUCGCAGAUAGCUAACUCCAAAUCUUCCCUGAAGCGAACGGCCUCCACGGAGUCCGAGGAUGAGUUGAGCAGUGAUGGUGGUAAGACUGACCUCUUUAGAGAGAGGGGCGACGGCGACAAGGCCCGCUGCAUCAGAAAAUAUUCAAAUCGAGUCAAGGCUAAGCGCAAGGCUGAGGAGUCGUCUUCGGACCCCCAGGAGAUGAGCCAAGGAUCCCCGUCUGCACUUACAGAUCCUGUUCAGAUGGACCACAAUUAUGGUAGAUUUUCAGAUUCGUCAAGUAUUCAAAGCUUGAGUGAUGCUAAUCAGGACGAUAAAGCCGAAUCUGUCACUGAACAAGAGAGACCAGAAAUUUCGCUUGAUGCAACACAAGCAGACUCGAAGGAGACUUUAGUCUCUGACCCAGGGAGUGCAAAUGCUAGCAACGAAUUUGCAGCUGAUGACAGUAAACAGGGGGAAUUUAAAAAUGUAGAAAGCCAAAAGCUCUUAGAUAAUGAAGCAUUAGCAUCACGCAGAGAAAUUUUAGACUGUGCUGCAACAGCUUCAGAUACACCUUGCAUCACAUCUGAGGCAGAAAAUGAAAAGAAGGACGCUGCAGAGUUCAUCAAAAGCCAAAAGGAUGUAGAUAAUGAGACACUAGCUUUGUCAAUGGAAACACUAUAUUCUCAUUCUGGAGAGCUAAAUCCAGGCUCCGAAGGUGAAGCACAGACAGAUGAAAGGACAGACUCAACUCGUAGAAGUCAGACAGAUGUGAGCAGUAAAAUUGAAACAAAGGAGACCCCAGCGUCUGUUUCUGAGGAGAUAAAGCUGGAUAUAAAAUGUAAAGGUGUGGAAGGAGAGCAUAAAGUGCAGGGAGUGAUUGAAGCAGCCGGUAUCUCCGCAGGCCGUAGCGAUGUAGGUAUAGAAGAUAAAGCAUUGCCAAACCAAACAAACUCUGCACCAGAAGAGAUCCUGGUAGCGGACAGUAAUCCAGAGAUUCAGACUGAGGAAAACAUAACAGCAACCGAGUCUGUUGGCAAUCCAGAAACUCAAACAGACCUCAGUUUCAAAAUUCAAGUUACCUUCAAAGAGCAAUCGAAAUCUGAACACCUGCAGGAUCGAGUGAGCCAUGAAGUGCAAGAUACAAUUACCAACUCCUGUGACGGUGUGAACAAACUCGCCAGGAAGUCUGAAGUAAAGCUUGAAGAAAGUGAAAAGAAAGAUGUCGAGUUCCUGUCAACCCAGAAUGUCGCUGGUCCUGGCCCUUUAGCAGAGCUACAGCUGAGCCGAGAGGUGACAGACAAGACGACUGACAGCUGUACUGAAAUACUGACGCCAGAUCGUGAGGCUGUUCAUGAGCAAAAUCAAAGAGAGGUGCUCUCUGAUAGUGUCACAGUCUCAGAGGGUGAGGUAGACAUGGACAUGCAGACUAAAAUAACAUCAGAGGAGAGGUCUGACUCAGCACCUAAAGAGGAUACGCAAAACCAGGAGAACCACAAAGUAAAUGACCACACUACAGUAAUGCCUGUUGAAGUCAAAGAAAUUCCUUCAAGUAUAGAAAAAGAAGAGGGGACGAACUUUGAAUGUGCCACUGCAAUCAAAGUGGAUAGACAGGCUUCAGCAAUGUCAGGAGAUGAACAGCAGGAGAUUUCUAAUCACGGCGUUGCAGUGGAAAUACAAAGCCAAGAAGUGAGUGAACAUGUUUCAGACAUAUCUACACAAUUUAAUGACGAUGGUGUGGUAAAUUCUAAAAUCAUGGAAAAUGAAGACGAGGUGAACGCGAGUGGACCAGAGAGUCAGAACAAAGUGGAAAUGCAGACACUGACAUUAGAGAUUUCUAACCCAGCACCUACAGUGAAAAGCCACAGCAGCCAGGAAGUCAGUGAACUUACCACAGACAUAUCUACUGACGCUCAUCAAGAUGUAACGAUUGAAAAUGAAGACGAGGUGGACUUUGAAUGUACUAGUGGACGUGAGGGGCACACUACAGUGGCAUCAGAGAUUUCUCAUCCUGCUUCUACAAUGGAAGUACAAAGCCAGGAGUGCCCAGAAGCCAGUGAACGCACCACAGACAUAUCCCAUAAAGUACAGACACAUCUGGUUGCAAAUUGUCAGAGCAGGGUUGAAGUGGACAUGCAGACGACAACGCCAGAGGAGAUUUCUAACAUUGCACCUACAGUAGAAACACAGGUCCAGAAGAGCCAAGAAGUCACUGAACCUGCAACAGACAUAUCUGAAAAAGUACAAGAAGAUCUAAUGAUUCAGACUCUUGAGAAUAAUGGAAAUGUCACUGAAUGUGUGAGUGCAACUGAGAAUAAAAGAGAAAUGGAUUUGCAGAUGGAGGCAACACCAGAGGAGAUUUCUGAUCCAACAACAACAGUAGAAACACAAAACCAGAGAGGUCAGGAGAUCAAUGGACUCACUGCAGACAUUGAAGUACAGAAAGAUUUUAGCAUUGCCAAUAAUGAGAGUGAAGAAAACAAGGACGAGGGUAGCGCAACAUGUGUGGGUGCUACUGAGAAUCAAGUAGAAAUGGAUGUGCAAACAACAACAACACCAGAGGAAGUUUCUAGUCCACCAUCUACAGUGGAAAUACAAAGCCCGGGGAGCCUGGAGGUCAGUGAACUCAACACAGGAGUUCAAAAAGAUCUUGUGACUGCAAGUUGUGAGAGUAAGGACGAUGAAGACAAGCACACUGCUGAAUGUGUUGAUGUUCCAGAGGUUCAGAUAAAUAUGGAAACUACAAUAACGGCAGAAGAGAUUUCUAAUGCGGCCCCUACAACCGAACAGCAAAACCAAGGGAUGGGGGAAGUCAAUGCACCCCGUAUGGCCUUAUCAAAUGAAAUCCACAAACCUCUUCCAAUGGCUAAUUCCGAAAGUAAGGAUAAUGAAAACAAGCAGACGGAGCAUAGUGCAGAGCAUAUUCAAGCGGAUAUGGAUGUAAUAAGUGGAUCAAUAGAAAGGGCAGAUUCUGCAUUAGAAGAGGAAACUGGGAGGCAAGUGAUGAAUGAGGUCGAAGAAGAAGUUGCAAUCAUUUCAAUCACAUCUGAUAAGGCUGACAAAACGGUCAGUAAUAUUGGACAAAGAGAAGGAACUGGAAGCAAUGAAGUAAUAGUUUUUGUUUGCGGCCAACCAGAUGACAUUGAUAUUGUAAUUCAGGCUUCAGAGGAGCAGAUUAAGACGGUUAAUCAGUCAGAGGUUGAGAUUCCUGAACACCAGGUAGUGUAUGAGCCUAUUAGUAGUCCAGAGAGUAGUGAUGAUAGAGAUAUUUCUACAGCAGCACUGGACCACGAUGGUGUGUCUUUAUUAGACCUGCAGAACCCGGAGAGCCAGCAGAUGGAAGGAGAUUCAUCUACUAAUGAAGAAAACAGAGAAAUUUGUAACCAACAGCUGGAAAAAGAGGAAAGUGUUGAACAACAAAUUAGUGUCUCAGACAGCCAAGGAGUUGAAAUGGAAGUACAAACCAUCAGUGUGCCAGAUAGUUGUGUCUCUGCACAGUUGGAGCAGAGUGUGGAUGUGAAACAAGUUGCUGUGAUCAGCUCUAGCGAUGACAUCAGCACGCCAGAUGGCCAGUCAGAAGAUGUGACAGAAAAAAGUGAAAGUAAUGGGUAUCCAGACUGCGUCAGUGCCACAGAGUUUUCCGAACAGGUGCAGGAGGACACUGGGCUUCAGGAGGUCGCAGAUGUCACCGUGACAACAACUACAGCCACCAGUGAAGUUGAAAUACCAGAUAGUACAUCUGAGGAGUUUGUGAUCUUGGAACCGGUCCCACAGAGUGAAAUUCACUUUGAUAUUGUCACUCAAGCAGCAGCCGAAUCAGGGUUGUCGGUCUCGCUUUCAGAGCAGGUGAAUCCAGACAGUGCACUGGCAGGUGAAGUGGAAAAUCAAAGGAUUUUAAACAGUUCCCAACAAGCCGCGUUCACUGAGGCAGAAGUGCAGCAAUGUCAGACAACCGGCGAGGUCAAAGAUGCUACAGUGACCAAUUCAAGUGAGGGAUUAGAUCAGGGGACCAGGCUUGAGACAGAAAUUUCAGCUGUGGAAAGUGUUGAAGUUAUCCAAAAUUCUGACCAUUGUCAGCAGCCAUCAUCUGACAUGAUGGAUGUUAAUACCUCAGAGACUGAUAUGGUAAGCUCUCAUGUUCAAGUCAUAAAUGAAGACUGUAAUGCACUGGCGGUAGAGAACGCAGAGGGAAACUUGGACCUACCAGAAGUGCAGAUUCUGGAGGAUAUAGAGAUAGGUCGUGAGAUUGUUGUAGCGGAGGAAGAGAAUGAUGAAGAUAGUGACAUUACCAUAAUAGAAAAACCACAGGAAACGCCUGAGGCAGUCCCUCCUGAAACCUCAGAGGAAAAGGUUAAUGAGAAAAAUAAAGAUGACACUUGUGGGACCAGCUUGAACCAAAACAACUCAGCCGAAAAGGCUGGAGAUGAUAAAAAAGGACAGCAAGCAGAAAAACCCAAGAAACAAGAAAUGAACACGCAGGCCAGAACCAAAGCCCGUCUGGCAGCUCUGGCUGAGCAAAAGGCUGCAGCGUCUAAGAGAACAGCAAACAGACAGCAGCUGAACCUGUUAGCCCUGUGUCAGGAAAUCGCAGAGGACAUUGCCACAGAUAGCAUGUUGCUGAAGAGGAUAGAGGAAGAAAAACAAGCAGCGGCGGUGGCGGCGGCGGCUGCAGCAGCAGCAGCAGCAACUGCAGCAGCAGAGGCGGCAGCCAAGAGCGAAGCCAGCAAGAAGGAAAGUCCACCUGUUAACACGAAGGAUGCCGACACUGUUAAUGUUGCUACUCCUGCUGGACCAGAAGGGUGCUCCGCUUCGGUGACCCCUGCUGAGGAGGCAUCUGUGGCCCAGCCUUCAACAGCUGAUUCAGUCGAGGCAAAGCCUGCUGCAGAGCCCCAAAAGAGGCGUUUCUUCAUCACACAGGUUUCAGUGCCACUGAAGGCCCAUGAGAAAAAGAAGCUAACUAGAUAUCAAAGACUGAGACAGGUUGAACUUCAGAGAGAGAAGAUGUCUUGGGCACGUGUAAAGAAACUUAAAUCUGACCAAGCAAAUCAGAUGUUUUCAGACCUAGACUGGCAAGGACCCCUGUCUGCAUCCUCUCCAUUUUCAAUGAGUCCCGUGACCACGGCUCCUCCAACUGCGGCCAGUCCAUCUAAAUCCCCUCUCCCAAGUCCCGCAUCAACUAGCAAGCCUGCAACACCGAAAGCAGAAGUUCCCAAGGUUGAAACUCCUAAGGCUGAACCCACUAAAACAGAAACCUCCCAAACCGAACCCACUAAACCCGAACCUGUCAAAACCGAACCCACUAAACCCGAACCUACCAAAACUGAAGCCUCCAAAACUGGGCCUCCCAAUACAGAAACCCGUAAAUCUACAAGGCAAAGUAAGGCUCAGACUCCUAAAGCAACCCCUUCUCCGGGGCCAGCCCCAAAAGUUACCAGAUCAGCAGCCAAGAGGACCCUCCCAGCCGUACCCCCUCCCAUGCCCAACGGGCUUAAUGCUCAGAAACAGAAGCCUGUUGAGUACAAGCCAUACAGACCCAGACCCAAGUAUUCCUUUGAUGACUUUGAGCUAGAUGAUGACCCCUUACCAGUGACUCCGACAAGACCCGGUCCUCAGUCAAGGCCCACGCAGGGGAGCACGACCGAACGUUCAGUUAAAUCCCUCAGCUCAAUCAAACUCCCAGUUUCAUCACCACUUUCCAACCAGGCAAAACUUAAAGCUCCAACCACACCUGCUGGACAGAUCUCAGGUCAGUCAAAGCACACUGGUGCAGCUACAGCGCAGACAAAGCCUGCCGUUACAACAACAGCGCAGACAAAGGCCACAGCUGCUGCCGCUGCCUCUUCCAAAGCUGCUCCUUCAGCUAAAGCUCCGUUAAAGCCUCCUGUUUUGAUGACACCUCAGUCAAAAGCUUCCCCGGCUCCAGGUCAGUCCAAACCAGCUGCUUCUGCUUCACCUCAGUUAAGGCCUACUGGUAGUGGAAGUGCUCAGCUCAAGCAGUCUACUUCAGCAUCAUCUCAUCCUGCCGGUGCAACCACAUCUGAGACGAAGCCUGCUGCUCCGAAGGCCAAUGUUGGUUCAACGUCUCAGAAAACCAUAAAUCCAUCACCAUCACUAGACCUCAAAUGCAAGGAUGCAGCUGAUCCGCUUACAGCUUCCACCUCUUCGAUUGCCUCUGCAGUGAGCUCGAAAGUGUCUGAUGACACUCAGCAGUGUGAAGAAAAGCCUGCAGUCAGCGCUCUGUCUCCAGGGAUUAAGACAGACACAUUGAAGGCGGCCGAGAAGACAUCAGAAAAACCUUGUCAAGACAGAGCAGCAAAGCCACAAGAUGGUGGGGCUCCUCUCUCUGAUGCCUGUCUGCAAAAAGAAGUCAAGAAGCUAAAGGAUGCUGACAAAGAUGGCACCCAAACCAUUAUUGAUGCAGGACAGAAGCAUUUUGGAGCAGUGGCCUGCGGUGUGUGUGGGAUGCUCUACUCUGCUGCCAACCCUGAAGAUGAAUCUCAACAUUUACUCUUCCACAACCAGUUCAUCAGCGCUGUCAAAUAUGUGGGAUGGAAAAAAGAGAGGAUUCUGGGAGAGUAUCCUGAUGGGAAGAUCAUUCUUGUCCUGCCAGAUGAUCCCAAAUAUGCUCUGAAGAAGGUUGAGGAGAUCAGGGAGAUGGUGGACAAUGACCUCGGCUUCCAGCAGGUGGAGACCAAGUGUCCCUCUCAGACCAAGACCUUCCUCUUCAUCUCCAAUGACAAGAAAGUGGGUGGAUGCCUUAUAGCAGAGCACAUACAAGAGGGGUUCAGGGUGAUUGAGGAGCCCGUACCAGACGGUUCAGAGGGAGAGAAGGUGAUGUUUGAGCGUCAGAGAGCUUGGUGCUGCUCCACAACGCCGGAGCCAGCCAUCUGUGGCAUCAGCCGCAUCUGGGUCGUCAGCAUGAUGAGACGCCAGGGCAUCGCCUCGCGCAUGCUCGAGUGCCUCAGGAACAACUUCAUAUACGGUUCAUACCUGAGCAAAGAUGAGAUCGCUUUCUCCGACCCCACUCCUGAUGGGAAACUCUUUGCCACAAAAUAUUUUGGCACUUCUCAGUUUUUGGUUUAUAACUUUGUGAGUGGAACACACUCGUCCCAGCCCAAAACGGGUGCAGUAUGACAGUCUUCAGGAAAGGUAACAAUGGAUUUAACCAAGAUGCUCACUGAACAACAGGACGCACUAUCACUAAACAGUGUCUGAUGCAGAAUCUGUAUUUGCAUAACAAUUUAAAAAAAAAACUGUAAAAUUACUCCUUGGAGAGGACACACAUUGGUUUAAAUCUCAGGAUGAAAACAACAAGGUGUUGUUGAAAAAUGUUAUUAAUUCACCCUUUAAUCCCUCCCUGAAUAGUAUUUUGAAAAAAAAAGAGUAUUUUCUUUAUACAAUUUUUAAGUAAACAAUUGGUUUUAUUAGACGUAUGGAGUUUACAUGCAUGACCUGACAGCAAUAGAAAACAAAGAGCAUUUUCGUUGUUUCUUUUAAAUCCCUGAGAAGCAUAAAAUCAACCGACUGCGUUAAAUAAAAGUUAUUUUAGAGUUUUGUCCUCAUUUUUGUUUUAAUGUUUUUCACUUAAAUGCUGUGGUAAACUAUGUGUACAUUGUUUUGGUUUUUUUCCAUGCUCAUCUCUUUACAGUUACAGUGAUGCUGCCAGAGUCUCAAACUGUUGUUUAAGCAACAUGGAUAAUGCUCAAAGGUCUCUGCUUGGCGUUAAAGGUCGAAGGUUUUCCACAUCAGUCCCCAUGAUUUCACUGUCUUUAUUGUCAUUAUAGUUAUUGCAACAUUUCAUCUAAACCAGGUGAUUUAACCAGAGGGACUCAUUCCUGCAGUCUUAUUGAGGAGAUGUGGGUUAGAACUGUAGCUUGGGCAUUAAUUGUGUGCUCUAAUUUUCUUAGAUCACCUUGCCUGAAAUGUUUAGUUUUCCAAGCUGAGCCAUAUACUGUACACCAUUUAGCAGGGCAUUGUAGCCUAUACUGUAUGAGUGAUGUAUUUUAAUUUCACCGAGGCUGUCUAUUGCUUUGUUUGUGCCUGAAUGAAUAAUGUGUGACUUAAGAUGCCGAUUUGUUUUAAUUUUCUUUUUUUCUAGCCAUACGUUAUGGCUUUUUAAUGAGUUAGUGUAGAGUAUCAUCCUCCUAUUCCUUAGUAACAACAAAUUAAAAUGUAUAUCAAAUUAUCAUGUAGAUUAAUGCAUACUAUAACAAAAUGUAUAAUGAAAGAUGAGCAAGGUCUUAAGGCUCAGGUGUUAAAUCAGUGAUCUACAGGGGGAGGGGGUGAGAUGAAUCUCUGCCUCUCUCAACACAGAUUUACAGUAUCAUUGUAAUCCAUCCCUUAUUUUCUCCUUCCUUCUUGUUAAACAGUUGCUUUUAGAAAGAUGUGUUGUGUAAGAAAAAGAACUUUGAUUUAUACGAAGCUGUUGUGUAAAUAUUUAUUUAAAUAAUAAACAGUUUAAAACUUU